AUGAACAGAAUAAAGAAAAAGGGAGAGAAUGCGGAAAGUGAAAGAAAUUUGGCUAUUCUUAGUAGUCCUAAGAGAUCUGAAAUUGACCUUGAAAACCCAAAAGUGCAUCAAAAUCAAAGGAACAAGAAAAUGAGAGAUAGUGUUGCAGGUCUCAACAUGCAAGGUACGCUUGGAAAGAGAACGGCAAAGAAGAAUGCAUGCAAGGAAGUGAGGGAAAACGGAACUGAAAAUUCCAAAGAGUGCUUCAAAUUUUCACCAACAAAGUGCGAGCUUUGGCUGAUGCAAGAGGCAGCAAAUGUGGUCAAUGGAGGGUCAAGAUGGGGCUGUCGCGACAGGCACCACACAUAG